ACGUAAGAGCUGCCGUCAGAACAGGGGAUCACAGGGAGCAGAGAGAGAGGGAAAGCAGAGAAGAAGGCAGAGAGAGAGAAGGGACAGAGGCAGGGAGUAAAGAGAGAGAGAGUAGAGAGAAAAAGGCAUUGUGCAGAGAUUGCAGGGACAGGCAGGUUACAGAGCGGCUACGAUCCACAGCGCACCAGCGACAUGGGCCACACACAGACCUCUUUGUCUCCACUCAGGGAGUGAAGAGACGAGACUAGGACUGGGAAGAGGACAGAACACUGCGAGAGGAAGUGAUUUGAAGAACAACUGUGUUUCCGCAGCUUUUGCUGGGGCACCUUGAGUGGCGGGACGGUAAGGGACCAGCUGUGAGUGUCAUCUGGCCAUGAGAGAGUGACGGAGAAAGGACAUCUACUGCUACUGAGGACGUCUUGGUAUCUUCCUCUCCUGCCUGUCCCCAUGUCUAGAGGAGGGAGGCCCCCGGGUGGGUGGGCCCCGAUGUGGCCCCUGGCGUGUGCACUGACCCUGGCUGCAUGCUCGUCGGUCAGCCCCCUCCUCCAAGAGACCACCUCUGAUCCUCCCAUUGCUACAGAGACACAGACUGGAGUACGGACACAGCCAGAGCUUCAGACAGAGGCACAGACUGUGGCACAGACACAGACAGAACCACAGACACAGCCUAAGCUACAGACUGAGUCACCAACAGAGUUAGAGUCACAGGCAGCUACCAGUAACCACACAGGUCUGUUGUGUGUGUCCGUGCUUCCCCCGAGGCGCGGGUCAUUCUAUGUGGAGCAUGGGACAGGGGUGUCGGUGGGUACAGUGCUGGCCUUCUGGUGCAGGGAGGGCUACCAGCUGGUGGGCAGUGAUAAGAUCUCCUGCAGCGUCUGGGCAGGCAAACCCCAGUGGAGCAACUUCCUGCCAGUCUGUGAGGCCAUAUCGAGGCCAGAGGACCGGGGUCUGCGCGUGGCCGUGUUGGCCUCAGUGGUCAGUGGCAUCGUCAUCCUGGCAAUGUCUCUCUCCUUCAUCAUCUGCUGCCUGCAGGAACGCACUGGGAAGGACAGGGCCACCAGGAGGGACGGCAGGAGCAGGCGUAGAGACACACGGUCUUCUCGGCAUAGUGAGUGCUGGCUGGAGAGAGAGGAGGGGGACUGGGGCACAUUUCCCCCUCCUAAGAUCUUCCACCUGUCACAGCGGCCGGACCUCCGGCUGGCUGCAGAAAGCCCUGUCUACCUGGGGGGCAUGGCCGGCUUCGACAACCGUGGAUACCAGAGGAGUCAGGAGAGCCUACUGAAGGCCCCGCUUCCUGGUCUGUUACGGGCGGAGAGUCAGAUCAUCUACCCCCACGUGGUGCUCCAGAGAGUCCCCACCCCCACUGCCCCAACUGCCCCAACUGCCCCUGUCUACCCCCACAACAUUCCCUCCAACUCUGCCUCCAACUCCGGAUGUGCUCCCUCACAGCCACACCACAUGCCCCCAUAUCCUACCCCGCAGUAUCCUAUCCACAACUCCACCCCCCAGCGAGUUCCAUGGCAAAUGCAGCCCCAUUGAACUGUCACUGUCCACUCACUCUCUCCCUCUAUGGAGGUCAAGUGUCAAUGAGGAAUGAUCAAAUAACACACUAUUCCCUAAUAAGUGCGCUACGUUUGAGCAGAGCCCCAUGCAGCUAACCUUAUACAAGUUUUGGUCAAAAGUAAUGCACUACAUCGGGAAUAAGGUGUUAUUUGCCAUUUGAGAACAGCCCUCAGACCCCUGUCAGCGAGAUGCCAAAUGGGAGAUGAAUAUGCAAAUUCAUGUUUUCGUGAAAUUGGAUGAUAUUUGGAUGAAAGUAUGAUGGCCAAAGUAUGAAAAAUGACUGUUUCGUCUACAUUGAUAAAGUUUGGAUUCUUGGAAUCAGGAGGCGGGAUUAUUAAGGGGAUAGGGUGACAUCACCCUAACUCUCUCAUUUUAAUACACCAAUGGUAACAUGAUAUUCUCUUACCUAAUUUAAAUAAGUACCGCCUUGUAACCAGCAUCGGAGAAAGCGUGUUUGCAGAGGGGCGUGGUUUAUAUAGCUAGAUAGCUACUCUACUGGUGUUAGCUAGUCACUGGCUAGCUAGGUCUUCAGCCAGCGUGGAACUAAAGGGGGGACAGGUCGUUCAAAACUCUGACACAAUUGUCAGGUCAACACAUCCGUCAGUGCUACUGUGAACCGCAGCACCAGACACAUGUCAAACGGGAGGUGUAUAAAUCAAAUAUGUAUAUCAUUGAUGCAAUUUCAAUGUUGUUUGAGUUGCUUUGUGUAUCACUUCCUGGUAGUUAGUAAAGUAAUUUUCCAACAUUUUUAGCAUUUAUAUCCCAAAAUAAUAUAAUGGGGGAUAUUUCUGUCACUCAAAAGGCAAUUUUACAUGGGAAUCAGAAUGACUGUUCAGGACAUUUCAUGAUAUUAGAAGGCCUUUCAGCAAAGUUCACCCAUUAUUUUCCCCCCUAUUUGUUCUAAAGCUUUGGACUAAAACUUUGGAGAGCUCCUUACCUGUUGUUGAAGUCUUUGUCGUGUGUUUUUCUACGGUGGUAGGAGACUUGGAACAGUCACACCAACUAACCUGCACUUUAUGGAUUUUACUGACGGGCUGGCAAUAGCAAUUGCAAGAACAUUGCGCUGACUAUUCCCGCAAUAUGUUUGUAUGAAAAAUGGUUUCUACCUAAAAACUGAUUAAAGAUAUUUUUGUUUAGUUGAA